CAGCUGUAAUCUGUCAACAUGUCUGUUUAUUGCAUAGUUUAAUCUAUAUCUUAUUAGUUUUAUCUUGAAAAAUGAUUUAAAACGAUAACGAUUUAAAAUUUUAUCAAUAAAACUCAAAUGAAAAUUAGUACUGGAAUAGUUUUGAGUUCGAACAUGUCGCCCCAUCCUCCUACGAGAGUGGUACUGCUUUCGUGUGGGUCAUUUAAUCCAAUUACUCAUAUGCAUUUGCGAAUGUUCGAAAUUGCGAAAGAUUAUCUUCACAAAAUGGGCAAUUGUACAGUUAUUGGUGGUAUAAUAUCGCCAGUACAUGAUGGAUAUGGUAAAAAUGAGUUAAUAUCGUCCACUCAUAGAGUAGAGAUGGUCAAAUUGGCAUUACAAAAUCAUGACUGGGUCAAAUUGUCUGACUGGGAAUGCAGACAAGAAUCUUGGUCCAAAACCAAACAAGUUAUACAGUACCAUCAAAAUCAUUUAAACGCGUUAUUUAAUCAGUAUUGUGAAAACGAUCAAUGCGAUGUGAAUGAAAAUGAAUUAAAAUGGAUACCAGAUGUUAAAUCUGAUACAAGAACACCUAUUAAAGUAAAAUUACUGUGUGGAGCUGAUCUGUUAGAGUCGUUUGGUACUCCAGGUCUAUGGGCAGAUGAAGAUCUAGAAGAAAUUGUGGGUCGACAAGGUCUUGUAGUCGUCACAAGAAUGAAUUCCAAUCCUUCUGAAUUUGUUUACAAUUCUGAUCUACUUACUAAAUAUAUGGGCAAUAUAGCAAUCAUAACUGAAUGGAUAACAAACGAAAUUAGUUCAACAAAAAUUCGACGGGCGUUACGUAGAAGCGAAUCAGUUAGAUAUCUACUGCCUGAUAAAGUGUUGGAAUACAUUUAUAAAAAUUGUUUGUAUGGUUCACAGCGGACGUAGCAUCUUUAUUACGACCUGCAUGUCUGUAGUAGACCUUCAUUGCUGUGGCUAUGCUUGUAUCCGUCGUAGUGAUAAAUUUCAAAAAAUUAUUUUCCUUUUAAAAACCACUACUUGUUUGUCGCUUCUAAAUGAAACAUUACAGAAAAGCGAUAGAAAUAGUUCCUAUAAAGUUUAGAACGUAUUAUAGGGAUUUAUCGCGAGAGUGAUAGAAGAUCUUAAUUUAAGAUUCAAUUAUUUGUUAUUUCUUGUUUUGUUUUUAUAUUUUUUUUAUUGAAUAGUACUUAAAAUUUUUUAUACAAAUGUUAAAUCGUUUUGUUUUUACAUAAUAAAACUAUAUGUUAGUUUUUGA